AAAAGUUAGCAGCUCCCCAGAAUCGGUAAAGAGCCCUUGUACAGCACAGUGUGGGCACGCAUAAGAGAUCUGAGCUUCGGAAAGCAACCUCGCCAGCCGUGAGACGUGAGCCAGCGAAAGCCGCGUGCUCUGGACUGAUAAUCAUAAAUAAAGUGCUCUGAGUGCAGACUGAGGAGCAAAAAUGCUGCGCCACACGGCCCGUAACACGGCGCGAGCCUUCUCCAGCACAGCCAUCCCAGCGACGAGCGUCGCCACGCUCCACGAGCUAGGAGUAGCGGCCGGCGACGUCUACGCCGAUCAAAAGAGCUUAGGCGCCAAGGACGCGUCAUCAGGCGAGUGGACCUGGACGUCCUACGCCGAACGCAACGAGCGGGCCCAGAAUCUGGGGCGGGCCCUCGCCCAGAAGUCUAUCGGAAGAGGAGAUAGAGUAGCUUGUGUCUCGAAGAACCGCGAAAACCUCGCUUGUACGAUGUACGGCGCCUACGCCGUCGGCGCGGCCCACGUGCCCUUGUAUGAACAGCAGAAGCCCGCGGAGUGGAAGCACAUCCUCGAGGACUCCGGCGCGAAGUUGCUAUUUGUGUCUACUUCAGAAUUAGCGGAGGCCGCGCGUCAAGUCACGGAUAUAGAUGUGGUCUGCUUCGAGGACGGGGGGUUGGAAGCUCUGAUUAACGAGGGAAGUGGAUCUGAUCUCGCGCUAGAUCCUUGCCGACCGGACGACGCCGCGGCGUUGAUCUACACCUCUGGAACUACCGGAAGACCCAAAGGGGUCGAAUUGACUCAUAGUAAUCUAGUGUGGAACGCCCUGACCAUGCGCGACGGCAUGGUCGACGAGUUGGUCAGCGUCGGGUGCCUGAAAACUCCCGUCCGGUCGCUCGCGGUGCUCCCAUGGGCGCACAUCUACGGCCAGACCCUCGAACUGCACGGCAUGCUCGCGGGCGGCCACGAGGUCGCGCUCUGUUCCGAUCCGACGCAAUUCCUCGACGAAGCGAAAGAGGCCAAGCCGGACGUGUUGUUUGCCGCAUGAAGCGGCGUCCUUUAUACUUUCGUUGACGCCAUCGACGCGUCACACAACAAUCACGCAGGUCCCCGCGCUCUACAACAAGAUCUACGACGGCUUCCGGGCGAAUAGGAGAGGCAUGUCCGACGGCAAGAAGGCUCUAGCGGACAAGGCCAUCGCGUUAGGUAGUGCCCAGGCGAAGCGCCGGUACGAUUCAUCACUACCGGGUCCUUCCUUCGUCGAGAAGAUCCAACAUUCGAUCCUCGACGCGCUCAUCCUGAAGAAGGUGCGCGGAGCUUUAGGUGGAGAGGUCAAGUUCUGCGGGAACGGCGGCGCGGCCGUCUCGCCGUCGGUCAGAGAGUUCAUCGAGGCCAUCGGCAUCCCGAUGACCUCUGGGUAUGGCUUGACAGAAACGUCACCAGUACUAGCAAAGGAGCAGCCCUUCGACCCGAAGAACCUACUCCCGGGAUCGAUAGGCAAGGCUCUCAAAGGUGUGCAAUUAAAAUGCAUUGAUCCUGAUAAUAACGAAGUCCCGAACGGCGAGCCGGGCGAAUUGGUAGCUUCAGGACCAGGCGUGAUGCGGGGCUACUGGAAGCGGCCGGAGGAAACGAGUGAAGUCCUCUACGAAGAUAAUAAUGAGAUAUGGUUCAAGACGGGCGACCGGUGCGUCAUGGAGGCCGACGGACAUGUCAGAGUAGUAGGACGGGUCAAGGAGCUGUAUAAACUGGCCAACGGGAAGUACGUGGCGCCGGCACCGCUCGAAGAUACGCUCGCAAGAUCGCGCUUCAUCGCCCAGGCCUUUGUGUACGGCGAGAACAAGGAGCACAACGUUUGUUUGGUGGCGCCCGACUGGGUGAACGUGGCGAACAAAUUUGGGGUGGAAGGUGUGACGAUGCCGGCGCCGUUCACGUUUGAACCUAGAGCGAAGAUCGAAGAGCUGCUGGAGAACCACAGGACGGAGAUCGUGCACCUCAUGGAAGCUGAAGUUGAGUAUCAUGGUUCCAAAUUCAAGUCCUUCGAGAAGCCGGAACGGGUUGGCGUGGUUUCGGAGGGGUUCAAUGCGGCGAGAGGUAUGGUCACUCCCAAGCUCUCGGUGAAGCGGGCGGCGGUGUUGGCCGCGCACCAGCUCGACAUCGACGGGCUGUACGGCGACGGCGAGGACGUGGCCGUGGCGGCCUAGGUCGCGCUCUUUUGCCCUCCCUCCUCCGAGUAACUUUCCCCGUUUGUGCAA